AAAAACUCCAAUCACAUACCCCCACACCCAAUCCCCUCCUUCCAUUCGCUACACAAAGAAUCUUCCCCCCACAUUUCUUGUUUUGAUCCCUUUGCACCCUUAAAUAUCCCAAUCAACUUUGUUAGUGCAAUUAUGGCUCAACCCCACUACUCUUUUCACAUUCCCACAUUGCUUGUGCUAUUCUUCUUCCAACUACCCUUCUCAUGGAGUGCUCAAGUUCAAGUAGUCACCCCUCCCUUGCCCAUUCUUCCCCUACCAUCAUACUCCCAAUUGAAAUGGCAACAAAGGGAGAUCAUAAUGUUCCUCCAUUUUGGUGUGAAUACUUUUACGGACUCUGAAUGGGGUACUGGCAGGGAAAAUCCGUCUAUUUUUUACCCGACGGGCCUUGAUACUGCUCAAUGGGCUGAUGCUGCUGCUGGAGCUGGUGUGUCGUUGAUGAUCCUCACUGCCAAGCAUCAUGAUGGGUUCUGCCUGUGGCCAUCAAAAUACACCGAUCACUCUGUGGCUCGGAGUCCUUGGAAGAAAGGACACGGUGAUGUGGUUCAGGAGUUUAUUGAUGCAGUGAGGGCCCGAGGGCUCGAUGCAGGCUUAUACCUUUCACCGUGGGAUCGUCAUGAUCCUAGAUAUGGUCAUGUUAAGUUGUACAAUGAGUACUAUUUGGCUCAAUUGCAAGAACUUCUUACUAGAUAUGGAGAUGUUAGAGAGGUAUGGUUCGAUGGAGCAAAGGGUCCAAACGCACCAAACAUGACCUAUUACUUCAACGACUGGUUUUCAAUGGUGAAGGAAUUGCAGAGUGCUAUUAAUAUAUUCUCGGACGCCGGACCGGAUGUCCGGUGGGUCGGAAACGAGAAGGGAUACGCCGGGACCACGUGUUGGUCCACCAUCAAUGCCACGUCUCUAUCAAUUGGCAACGGCAGUAUCAUUGAUUAUCUCAACAGUGGUGACCCAAAAGGGACCAAUUGGGUACCGGCAGAAUGCGAUGUUUCCAUCAGGAAAGGCUGGUUUUGGCACAAAUCACAAGCACCAAAGAAGCUGACUCAACUACUAGAGAUUUACUACAAAUCCGUGGGCCGAAACUGUGUGUUACUCCUCAACGUGCCGCCCAACUCCACCGGUUUGGUAUCCGAAUCCGAUGUCCAAAGGUUGAAACAAUUCAGAGGAGCAAUCGACACCAUUUUCUCCACAAAUUUGGCAGAAAAAUGUUGGGUUGAAGCGAGUAGCCAACGAGGGGGUGAGAACGGAGGAGGCUUCGGGCCUAAAAACGUGCUGGACGACGACCACUUGUGGACGUACUGGGCUCCAAGUGAGGAUGAGAAAGAAAAUUACUGGAUUGAAUUCAGAACGAGGACUAAAAGAAUUACGUUCAACGUGGUGAGGAUCCAAGAAGCGAUCGGAUUAGGACAGAGAAUUAAGAAACACGAAAUUUACGUAGACGGGGUUAGGGUUGCAAAGGGAACCACAAUAGGGUAUAAGAGGCUUCAUAGGUUGGAAAUGGGAAUAGUUGAUGGGUUUAGUGUGAGAAUAAAAAUUGUCAAGUCAAAGGGCAUACCUUUGAUAUCUUCUGUCGGCCUCCAUUUUGAUCCCUUUUGGAAUCCUAAUUAAAUUAGAUUGCCAUUUUUCUGCAUC